AGUUAGUUGAGAUAAACUUGCUUAUACCACUUUUGUGUUUAUUUUUCUUUCUAUUUCCAUGUUCCAUUUUCCGACCCCAUGAUUCUAACCUAGUUUAUUUCAUGAUAUUGAAAUAUAAUAAAAUUUAAGUUCGGUAACAUUUUUUUUUGGCGUGUGAAGUCUGUUGACUUAUAGAGUAAUAAUGGGUGGUCGUAAACCAUGUUGUGAUGAGAUUGGACUCAGAAAGGGGCCAUGGACGGCGGACGAAGAUGGGAAACUAGUUGAUUUCUUAAGAACACGUGGAGCAAGCGGCGGAUGGUGCUGGAGAGAUGUGCCGAAGCUGGCGGGGCUAAAGAGGUGCGGCAAAAGUUGCCGUCUCCGGUGGACUAAUUAUCUGCGUCCAGAUCUCAAGAGAGGUCUUUUUAGUGAAGAGGAAAUUCAACUAGUCAUUGAUCUUCAUGCGCAACUUGGCAAUAGAUGGUCGAAGAUUGCAGCAGAACUACCGGGAAGAACAGACAACGAUAUAAAAAAUUAUUGGAACACUCAUAUAAAGAGGAAGCUCAUAAGAAUGGGUAUUGAUCCAAACACACAUAGUCCGUUUGACCAACAGAAAGUCAGCCACGAGAAGGAGGAGACGACAUUGGUCAACGGCCAAGACCCUCUGCACCAGGCAGAGGCACCGGUGGGUUCGCAGAAUGAUACGUCAGCAGGAAAUCUAACCCACUUAGCUGACAUUGACGGUGACAAUAUUCAACCGUGGAGCUUUUUAAUGGAGAACAACGGAGGAGGAUGUUCCUCGGUGGGAGAGCUGACGAUGCUGUUGUCCGGAGACAUUACGUCAUCAUGUUCGUCUUCGUCAUCGUUGUGGUUGAAGUAUGGAGAGUUGGGAUACGAAGAUUUAGAACUAGGAUGUUUCGACGACUAGGGAGAGGGUUCUCUGGCCUCGAAUCCGUUUGAUGUUCUGAUCAUGAUGUUUGUCUGCAUGGAAACUUCAUCUUUCUAUGAAGAUAUUAAAGCACUGAACGAAUUAAGGCUUUGUACUUUAAGUAGAUAUUUUUAAAGUAAACAAUCUUUACUACAGUUCAAAAAUUUAUAAAUAUAUAUAAGUUUAACGUUU